AUGCCGCCCAGAUCGCGCUAUGCGGUAGAUCCGAGUCUAACGGCGCAAGGGGGCCAGGGGACUCAGCCGAAUUAUCAGCAGCCCCAACAAGCGGAAUACCAGCAGGGUCAUCAACAGGCCAAUCUGCAGACGGGGUAUGACCAACAGCAACAGCAGCAAUAUAAUGGCGCACCGACGCAGCAGCCAUCAGGCCCGUACGACUCAACGGCGCCAAGAGAGCGGUCAUAUGCGGUCCAUCGUCCCGAGCCGGCUGUCCAGCCAAAUGUGCAGUCGAUGCACCCCUCACUCGUUCAGCCCAUGAACCACAUUCCUCCUCCUCCGCACUCCUCCGGCCCGUCUAUCAGCGGACCUCGUGUUCGGAUAGACCCCAGCCAGGUGCCGAACCCCGUCGAGGCGCAGGAGAUGGACCAGAAUCUGUAUGACGAGGAGGACUUUCUGAGCUGUCAGACAAAAGGGGUGAUCCCUCUUGCCGGGACGGAUUACAGGGGUGUAGAUCAGGGCAACUCGCUACCUCGCCAUCUUCGCGUGACGCUCCCAGUGGCACCGUCCAAUUCGCAAUUGCUCGAUACGACCGCUCUUCCCUUCGGUGUCAUUGUUCAGCCGUUCGCGCAGCUUCGAUACGAUGAAGCUCCCAUUCCGCUCGUCAGCAAUUGGGUAUCAGGGCAGUCCGCCUUUGAUCAGCCGCAAAUUCAGGACGCUGAGGAGGAAGGCCCACCGCGGUGCGAAAAGUGCAGGGGAUACAUCAACCCUUUUGUCCGGUUCGUGGACGGAGGUAGAAGAUGGGGAUGUAAUUUGUGCGGUCAGACCAAUGAAGUACAUCCUACAUACUAUUCCUCGAUCUCGCCUUCUGGUCAUCGGCUCGACCACUCGGAUCGGCCAGAACUCUUGCAUGGCACCGUCGACUUUCCCGUCCCAAAGAUGUACUGGGCAGUACAACCCGCAUCAGACGAUACAGCGACAGGGGAUGGACCCGAUAUCGCCGCGGCUACUGCAUCCCUCACAUCGGCAGCGUCCGACAUGCUCGGCGGUCUGACUGCAUCUUUGGGGCAAACUCCGGCGGUAACGAGGGGCAACAGCCCGGCUCCGGGAUUCAAGGAAAAGGAAAAAGAGCGGUUGAAGGCGGAAGCGAGAUUGAGACGACCGGUACCUAUCUCGAGGGUGUUUGUGCUGGAUGUGUCGGACGGAGCGGUCAAGCGCGGAGUGCUGCGGUAUGUUUGCGAAGGGAUAAGGCGAGGGCUGUACGGGACGAAGCGGAAGUCGGAGGGAGAUAGCGAGGAUGGCGAAGAGGAGGAAGGUAUUGGAGCUGGGGAGAGGGUGGCUAUCAUUACCGUUGCGGAAUCUGUCGGGUUUUGGAAUCUUUCGGCCGGAAGUAGCGGUCCGAGUCUGAUGGUAGUGUCUGACCUGGAGGAUAUGUUUGUACCGUUGCGAGAUGGGUUCUUGGUGGAUCCCGUAGAGUCAAGAUCCCAGAUCGAAGGCCUACUUAACAUGCUGCCGGAUAUGAUGGAGCGACAGUCGGAUGGAGGACGUUGCGCUAUCGGAGCAGCUAUCAAGGGCGCUCUGGCCGGUCUGCGACGUCUUGGCGGCCAAAUCACCUUCUUCCUCACAUCCCUUCCACUGGUCGGACCCGGCAAGUUGACCAGCCGCGACGAUCCCACUGUCUACAACACGGACAAGGAGCGCGCACUCUUCACCGCCGCUGACCCAUUUUGGCGGAACACGGCCGACGAGAUUGCCAAUGCCGGGGUCGGCGUCAACACCUUCCUCUUCCCUGACCAGUACACCGAUGUCGCAUCGGUUGGCGCAUUAUCGGCAGCCACUGGCGGAGACGUCUUCUUCCACCCCCGUUUCGAGCCGGUUCGGGACCGGGAUACGCUAUUCGACGAGAUCCGCCGUUCGCUCACGACCGAGCUGGUGUACAAUGCUACCAUGCGCGUCCGGUGCUCCAACAACCUGCGCGUGGGGGAACAUUACGGUGAUUUCCACCAGCGGAGCUUGACGGACCUCGAAUUCGGGACGAUUGGCGAGAGUGCGGCGAUUGGCGCGGUCAUCAAGUACGAAGGGAAGCUGGACGAGAAGGAUCUGUGCUAUGUCCAGGUGGCGGUGCUGUAUACGAGCAUUGGUGGGGAGAGGCGGGUACGGGUACUGAACACGAGCAUGGGAGUGACUGGGCUGGUCGGGAAUGUCUUCAGGUUCUCGGACCUGGAUGCUUCGGUCACGCUCUACGCUAAAGAGGCCGUUUCGCUCAUGCCUUCCAAGCAGCUCAAGGACAUACGCAAGAUGUUGACGGACCGGUGUAACCGGGUGCUCUUGAUGUAUAGGCGGCAUUGCGCCGGCGCCACUCAGCAAGGGCAGUUGAUACUGCCCGAAACUUUCAAGCUGUUGCCUUUGUACACCCUGUGCCUGCUGAAGAGCAAGCCGCUGAAAGGCGGAACGGUCACCUCGGACGUCCGAUCACACUACAUGCGCCGAUUACGCUCCUAUGGCGUCGUAUCUACCAUGACUUUGCUCUAUCCCCGUCUUCUCGCUAUCCACGAUCUCACCGAUGACGUCGGUUUCCCGGCUGGACCGAUGGGUAGGCUGAAGAUGCCGUCCUUCAUGCGUGCGAGCUAUGGGUGGAUGGUCGCGGAGGGAGCGUACCUGAUGACGAAUGGUGAGACAGCUAUGAUCUGGCUAGGAGGUGCAGUCUCCCCACAGGUCAUUGAUGAUCUAUGGGGCGUGGACAAUCCGGAAGAGCUCGACACCCGAAUGACUCGCCUGCCGAAGCUUCCUACACUGCUUUCAACUCAGAUCCGCAAUCUCCUCGCCCACUUUGAGCGGAUCAUGGGUCAUCCCUUGCCUCUCUUGAUCAUCCGACAGAACAUGGACGGUAUGGAGCUCGAGUACGCCAAUCAUCUGGUAGAGGAUAGCAAUAACGACGCGCUGAGCUAUACGGACUAUCUUAUGACGUCGCACAAAUCUAUAACGAACGAAAUGUCGGGCGGAGGCGGCAAGGGGGAUAGCUGGAGACCUUGGUAG